AUGUAUGGAUAUAAUGAUGUAGAUGGUGUGUAUAAUGAAAUGGAUGGAAGCAGCUGCAACCCUCUUGACAUUGACUUCAGCAAGGAGGACUCUGACAUAUACGUGGGAAGGACGUUCAAAAACAAAGCGGAGUGCAAGUUGACGUUGGCUAUCUACGCAAUUGCGAAGGUGUGCACGUUUAAGCUCAGGCAUUGCAAAUGCCAACUCACGGCGAGAUGCUACGAAAAAGAAUGCAACUGGAGAGUAGUGGCUGUUCAACUCGGUGUUUCUCCAACUUAUCUGGUUAAAAAGGCAAUUCUGAAUCAUGUAUGCGUAGCCGACGUUAGAGUGAAGUAUAAAAAACAUGGUACAUCCAAAGUGCUUGCAGCUCUAUUGCGUUCGAAAUACGAGAGGCUCUACUCUGGGCCGCGUGCUAUGGAACUUCCGGAAAUAUUGCGAACGGAAUUCAACUAUACAUGCUCAUACUGGAAAGCUUGGAAAGCGAAAGAACUAGCGAUUGCAUCUGCGCAAGGAACAGAGGAGGAUUCAUACAAGAUGCUACCACAGUACUUCCAUGUACUCAAGCUAGCAAAUCCUGGAACAAUCACCGAUAUUAAAACCGAAAAAGACAAAGAAGGAAAAACAAGGUUUAAGUAUGCGUUCAUGUCCCUGAAAGCAUGCAUCGAUAGAUGGAAGUACCUGAGGAAGGUGCUAGUGGUGGACGGCACCCACAUGUUUGGAAAGUACAAAGAGGAUGGUUCUGAUUUAAGUAUAAUAUCAGAUAGAUGCGCAGCAAUUUUCGCAGCGAAAGAUAAAUGGUACCCACGUGCACACCAUGGUAUUUGUCUCGUACACCUCCAGCGUAACGUUAAUGAUAAGUAUAAGGGGCUGCAACAGAAAGCAAUGAUUGGCAGAGCUGGGGAAGCCUUCAGAGUUUCGGAAUUUAAGGAGAUAAUGGAGCUUAUUAAACUGACGGAUUGCAGAUGCUGGGAUUAUUUGGAGAAGAUCGACAAGAAGCUAUGGACACGUUCACAUUUCGAAGGGGAGAGAUUUAACGUGAUGACUUCUAACGCUGCUGAAUCGUUGAAUAAUGCUCUUCUGCCUGCUCGUGAUAGUCCUAUAAUGACAUUGUUUGAGUUUAUUCGCCGGAAGCUGUGUACAUGGUAUGUGAGCAGACGCAGCGAGAUCAGUAAGAUGAAGGGAAAUGUUCCAGAUAAUAUUCAAAAGAUACUGGUCGAACAGCUGGUGCUGUCAACGGGCCUUCUAGUUAUGCCAUGUUCGACUUGGUUAUUCGAAGUUACGCACAGGCCAACUAAUUUUGGUUUCACGGUUGAUCUGGAUAAACAAACUUGCACUUGCCUCGAAUUCCAAAAGCUUGGUUUGCCAUGCCGACAUGCCAUUGCUGCUGUUUCUUGCCGUAAUAUGCAGUACAACAUGUUUGUUUGCAAACACCAUCUCAAAGAGACAUGGGCUGAAACAGUUAGGGGUAUCAUACUUCCGGUUCCGGAUCCAAAGGAUGUUGAAGUGCCAGCCGAAAUACUAACGGUUGAUCUUUAUCCACCAACGACCAAUCAAACGAAGGGAAGACCAGGAAUCAAACGUAAACUGUCCCAAGGAGAGAUAUCGGUAAGACUGUUGUGUUGA